UAAGUAAGAUAGAGGAGAGAGCUGUUUUAGUUAGAAAAAAAAAAAACAAACCGGGUUUUCUUGCUUUCUCUCUCUUUCUUUUUCUCUCAUAAACCGCCUACAUACAUGCGGUUCAUAAAUCAGCAAAGCCUUAAAGUUGCUGUGUGUGGUUGAAGAAGACAACUUUUCCUUUAUUAUUUAUUUUUUCUCACUGAGCUUCAGUUAAAGUAGCUAUCUAGCUAGAGGGAAUUCUGCUGUUUUCCAUGGUUAAAGCAGGUUUAUAGCUCAAUCGUAUUCGAACAGUUUUCUUGUUUCCUCCUUUGUCUUCACACUCUCAUCCUUAUGUUCUGCACAAUUUAUUGCUAUGGAUUUGAUUUUUUUCCCUGAAAUAGCUAGCCUCAUCAUAUCCUUGAGAAACAAUAUUUUCAAUUUUUUUUUCCUUUUGUCUAUACUCAAGGUUUUUAUUUUCUUAUUCUUUGUUUAGUGUUUAUAUGUUGGUAUUCUUCAGCUAGUUUCUGAAUUAUAUUGAAUAUCAUCGCCUGAUCAACCAUCUAUUUCUCGAUGGCUAAUUCAUACACUUGUGAAAGCCAAAUCCCACUUCUUAUUAUUAAUUGUUUUUAUUUUCUCUUUCAAGUCAGUGACUAUGAUUGUAACAUGCCAUCCAAUUUCUUCUCUUAAUCUUUUAGGAAAGUUUUUGUUUUGAUCUCAAUCAAGCUCCUGUUAUAUACAAGAGAGAGAGAGAGAGAGAGAGAGAGAUGCUGUGUUUCCACAGUGAGAGAAAUCCAAUUGAAGGCCUCAUAAGAUUUCAUCAAGAGGAAUAGCAAUUAUAGCAUCAUAUCUAUAUAUCCAUGAACAAGAUCGGCAACUUGAGUUGUGUUAGGAGCUCUGAUCUCAUAGAUGCCAAGCUUGAAGAGCAUCAACUGUGUGGAUCCAAACAGUGCCCCGGUUGUGGUCACAAAUUUGAAGGGAAGCCGGACUGGCUAGGUCUACCAGCGGGAGUAAAGUUUGAUCCAACAGACCAAGAACUCAUAGAACACCUUGAAGCCAAAGUAGAGGCAAAGAAUAUGAAAUCACACCCUCUCAUAGAUGAGUUCAUUCCCACUAUUGAAGGAGAAGAUGGGAUUUGUUACACCCAUCCUGAGAAACUUCCAGGAGUGACAAGAGAUGGCUUAAGCAGACACUUCUUCCACAGGCCAUCAAAGGCAUACACAACAGGAACGCGAAAGAGGAGAAAGAUUCAAAACGAAUGCGACUUGCAAGGGGGGGAAACCCGGUGGCACAAGACAGGUAAGACAAGACCAGUGAUGGUGAAUGGCAAACAAAAGGGUUGCAAGAAGAUUCUAGUCCUCUACACCAACUUCGGCAAGAACAGAAAACCUGAAAAGACCAACUGGGUGAUGCACCAGUACCAUCUGGGUCAGUACGAGGAAGAGAGAGAAGGAGAGCUUGUGGUGUCAAAGAUAUUCUACCAGACACAACCGAGGCAAUGCAAUUGGUCAGAUAGAAGUGCCACAACCGGUGAAGGAAGUGGAGAACAACAAUCUAACAACAACAACAACAAUAAUGGAAGAAGAGACAGUGGAAGUGGGACUUGUUCUUCUUCUAAGGAAAUUAAUGUUACUCACAGAGAUGAAAUGUCUGCUGUUGUUGGGGUCCCUCCCAUAACAACCUUCAACACUGCCUUGGAUAUUCAACAACUAAAAUCCGACCAUUUUGGCUUCAUCCCAUUCAGAAAAGGCUUCGAUGAGGUUGGAAUAGGAGAAGCUUGCACAGCAAGAGAAGUGCAAGCAUCAGGGUCAUGCGAUGAAGUGCAUGAACGGCAUGCAGUACAUCAUCAUCAACAACAACAGCAAAAUCAGCAUGCGCAGCAACAAAUUGCAACCACAGCCUCCCAUAUCAGUAGGCCUUCGCUUCCAAUCUCCACCAUCAUCUCUCCUCCACCCCUUCACCAUGCAUCCAUCAUCCUAGACGACAACUCGUACCAUGUCUCCAGAAUAAUGCUCCAAAAUGAAAAUUUCCAGCAGCAACAACAUUAUAAACUUGGAGGAAGGUCUGCGUCUGGUUUGGAGGAACUCAUCAUGGGUUGCACUUCAACUGAUAUCAAAGCGGAGUCAUCUAUUGCAAACCCACAAGCUGAAUGGUUGAAGUACUCUUCUUAUUGGCCAGACCCUGCCAACAUGCAGGAUCAUCGUGAGUAGGAGGAGACAACAAAAAAUAGAGAAUAUAUAAGACGAAAAAAACCACAAACAAGACAACAUCAUCGUCGUCAUCAUUAAUGCUUCAACAAAAAGCCAAGUAAUCAGAUCCAUGGUUUGCUCAUUUUCUUUCUUUUUCCAAUGGUGCAAGUUUGUGAUAAGCUUCGGUGGCUCUCAGAGGAACUAUAUAUAUAACUGUGUGCAACGGAACAAAUUGGAAAGAAAGGGAAAAGAAAACAAAAAAGAAAAGAAAUCCAAGCAAAGCUGCUCUCACCUCUGACACAUAUGGUGAGGGAGAACGACCAAAGGCACAAAGUUAAAUGCAUCCUGCUAGCUGCACAAAAAUCAUCACUAAUAUGAUUACAGUAUCAUUCUCUCUUGCUUAUUAUAUUUCAUAUUAUUUUAUUAUUUUAAGAUGUUUGUAUUAGUUCACUUUUCCUAUUUUUUACACAAGAAAUAUACCAGUGAGAUUGAGCAAACUUAGGACCACCUUGUUGCCCGUGCUGCAUAGUGAAUUAGCUAGUGUUCUGUAGUUUAUGAUAAGAUGAGGUGAGAUUUUUACAUUAAACCAAUUCAGUAUAUCGUUUG